AAAAUGCACCACUGUGGCACCAGGAGGGCAGUCAAGCAAAGAUGGGUGGCAUGACACGUCUUCUCCUUUUGCUGUGGGCCGGUGUCACAGUGAGCACACCUGUGGAUCUGCAGAAGAGAAUCGUUGGGGGUGAUAUAUGUGGAAAAGAUGAGCGUCAGUACCAUGUGAAGUUUGUUGAUAAAAACAAUAAACUAAUUUGUGGUGGCUCUCUGAUCAGUAAAACGUGGAUCCUGACUGCAGCUCACUGCUGGCAAAUGGAUAUGAGACCAGUUUUAGGUUUGCAUCCAGGUCCAGGUCCAGGAGAAGAAGGGACAAUCCUUCUGAAAAGGCCUUACAGUAAACUGAGUCAUGAACAUGACAUAAUGCUGCUGCAGCUUCGUGACCCCAUCACCAAAAUUCAACCUGUAAACCCCCCUGACUGUAGCAAACGCCCCACUGUUGGUAAGAUGGUUCAGGUUGCAGGUCAUGGACCAACAACUCUGGGUCCUAAUGGCAAGAGAGUACCUGGUGAAUCAGACACACUCCAGUGUGUAGAACUUGAAAUUGUAGCCAAUUCAUACAAAAACUGUUUGGACAAAUCAGAUGAUAUGAAAAAAUAUGGCAAAAGUCACUUUAAACUUUACCAAUCUCAGGGAAAGGAUACAUCUCCGGGUGACUCUGGUGGUGGAGUGGUGUACAACAACAUGAUUUAUGGUGUCCAUACUUUCACACUUAAUAGUGACUAUGGCUGUGUUGCACCUGCUGGAUUCGUGGACGUCUGUGAAUACAAGGAAUGGAUUAAAAAGACUGCUGGUAUCAAAUUUGAGCCCAGAGUCGCGGGACAACCAAAUAGUGGCUAACUGUGAAAUGUCUGUCAUCUUAGGCACUUCAUGUUUAAUUCACAAGUUACCAAACUGUAUUUGUGAUUGAUGCAUUGCCAAUGGAUUGGUAUUCUUUCAACAUGUAACUUAUGAUUUGAAAAGUGCUUACUACAAGAACAUAUAAAUAAAGAAGUCUUACAGCAUGA